CACCCAUCCUGUUUGCAUCCCCACACCACUCUCGAUCGAUCGAUCAAUCUCCAGCCCUCCUGCAAACAAACACAUCCAUCGUCCCAAAACCCAAAUCCGAUCCCCAAUGGCUCACGUGCUGGCCGCCGCGGAACCCAUCAGCAUGCUCAAGCGCCCCCCGCCGCCGAACGACGACGAGAAGGCGCCGCCGGUCAACAAGGCGGCGCGCCGCCGCGACCCGCCGUCGUCGGACCCGGCUGCGGCGCUGGCCGCGGCGCGCCACGAGUUCGGCGAGCACGGCGGCGUGAACAUGUCCAUCGAGGCUUCGGCGACCUUCACCGUCAUGGAGCCGGACACGAUGCGGAAGCUCUUCGCGGGCGAGCUGGGCCCGGACCGCGGGGACCUGUACAUCUACAGCAGGCACUUCAACCCGACGGUGCUCGCGCUGGGCCGGCAGAUGGCGGCCCUGGAGGGAACCGAGGCGGCCUACUGCACGGCGUCCGGGAUGUCCGCCAUCUCGUCCGUCCUGAUGCAGCUCGUGGGGGCCGGGGGACACGUGGUGGCGUCCCGGUGCCUGUACGGCGGGACCCACGCGCUGCUGUCCAGGUUCCUGCCGCGGACGUCCGGCGUGACCGCGACGUUCGUGGACGCGGACGACGAGGACGCCGUGCGGGCGGCGGUGAGGCCAGGGGAGACCAAGGUGGUUUACGUCGAGACCAUGUCCAACCCGACGCUGGCCGUCGCGGACAUCCCCAUGCUGGCGAGGGUGGCGAGGGAGGCCGGGGCCAAGCUCGUGGUGGACAAUACUUUUACGCCCGUCGUCGUGUCGCCUGCCAGGCUUGGGGCCGACGUCGUCGUGCACAGCGUCUCCAAGUUCAUCAGCGGCGGCGCCGACAUCAUCGCAGGCGCGAUCUGCGGGCCGGCGAGCCUGGUGAACUCGAUGAUGGACCUGCAGGACGGGGCGCUGAUGCUGCUCGGCCCAACAAUGAACGCCAAGGUGGCCUCGGAGCUGGCCGCGCGCCUGCCGCACCUUCCGCUGCGGAUGCAGGAGCACUCGCGCCGGGCCGGGGAGUUCGCGGCCCGGAUGCAGCGCAUGGGCCUGCGCGUGGUUUACCCGGGCCUCCAAGACCACACCCACCACGGCCGCCUCAGGGCCAUGGCCAACCCGGGCUACGGCUUCGGUGGGAUGCUCUGCGUCGACAUGGGCACCGAGGAGCGGGCCGCCCGCCUCAUGCACCACCUCCAGAACACCACCCAGUUCGGCCUCAUGGCCGUCAGCCUGGGCUACUACGAGACCCUCAUGUCCUGCUCCGGGAGCAGCACCAGCAGCGAGAUGGACCCGAAUGACCGGGCCCUGGCCGGGAUCUCGCCCGGGCUUAUCCGCAUGUCCGUGGGCUACAAUGGCACCCUGGAGCAGCGCUGGGCCCAGUUCGAGCGCGCCUUCGCCCUCAUGCAGCAGCAGGACGCCCCCUCCGCCGCCGCCAAGUACUGUAAGGCUAUCUGAAUCUGAGUCACCGGCGGUGCUGAUGGUAUAUAUUAGUGCUAUUAGCUGCAAAGUUAGGUUAAGCGCCAUCUGAUCAGCUGAUCAGACGGAUGCCAACCAAUGUGUUAAGCUGCAUGUAUGAUUUAGACUUCGGGGAACUGGGAGAUGUAACGGAAUAAGCAUGUGCGAAUUGAACUUGAAGUAGGCAGGCGAUGAACAGUAAGCUGUACGUUUCAUGUU